AUGUUUAAGUUAUCACAAUCUGAAUACACCUGUCAAGACUACAUAUCUGAUCACAUCUGGAAGACCAGCUCGUACUGA